AUGAACGAUAAAAUCAAUGUCAAGGUAAUCGUCAAGCCAGUCAAAUUGGCAGCAGCCAACUUGGCAAUGGAAGCUUUCCUGACUUCCAUCGAGGAAGUCACAUUGAAAACAGGAAAAAAGGUCGGGUGCUUGCGGGACGGUGAGCCCAUUGAGGACGAUUUUAUGAAUGAGUGGAAUGAUUUUUUGGAAAGCAGUGGCAAGAAAUCUCUAUUUUCAAAGGCGCCCAAUAUUUCUGCUGGCGUGUCUGUCUUCUUGGCAUCCAAGCAGCCGCAAGAAAUACGCCACACUGAAGUAGCCUGUCAAAUGUCUGGAGAACUGAUCUUGAUUGACGCAAUCGAUUCGCGUCGCAUCCGUAAUUCAACAGCAGGAUAUGUGGAAACCUCCGAGACCUGA